UUCUGUACUCUCGCCGUGGCCUCCCUUCCCAUCACCCCUAGCAUGUUUGACUGAGAUAGAAGCUUAAAGGCACUGUUUCAGCCAUGCUCUUCGAAAUUCCUUAAUGCCCCGCAUUCUCCCUUCCCUUUUCCGCAAAGCCCGCACCAUCUCCCCUCACCUCGGCACUCUUCUCCCUGCGACGCGUGACCUCCCUUCGGCCCUCAACGAGUUGAGAUGGAUCCGCGAGCACGUCCACUUGACCGCUACCGGUGAUGGCGGCAAUGCUGCGUCCGCUGCGGCACUCGAAAAACGCGUCGCCGCCCUCUGCGCCCGCCGUGGCCGCGGUGUACCCUUGCAGUACGUUCUCGGGACCCAGCCCUUCGGCACCCUGGACCUCCGCUGUCGCCCCGGAGUUCUAGUCCCUCGGGCAGAGACGGAAGCCUGGGUCCUGCAUCUUGCCGAUCGUCUCAAGGGUAGGGCAAGGGACGCCGACCUCUCGUCACUCCCAGACCGCCGCCGCCGCUCCGACGACCAAGAGGAGGGGGGCCUGAGAAUCGUCGAUUUCUGCACCGGCACCGGUUGCGUCGCCCUUGGUCUCUUCGCUGGCCUCCAGUCCACCCACCCACAUCUGCACGUCCGCGGCGUUGACGUUUCGACGCGAGCCGUGAACCUCGCGCGCGAGAACCUGCGCAUCAAUCUGGAGGCUGGGAACCUUGCCGCUCCCCUCGCCCCGAAGCAGAGUUUCGCGUUUGGGCAGGCAGAUGUCUUCGACGACGAAGCGAUGCGAGGCCUCAUAAAUACCGGAGACGAAACAACGCGAGGGGGUCGGGGUUACGAUGUCGUCGUCGCGAAUCCACCUUACGUAUCCCGAGACGUGUGGGCGCACGGUCGCGGGGACCUGGGCUACUCAGUGCGCAAGUACGAGCCGUCGCUCGCGCUGGUUCCGGGCGAAGGUGUACCGUCGUAUGAAGGAUGCGCCCACGAAGACGUCUUCUUCGCUCGCCUGCUGGAUGUCGCGGGCUGGCUCGGCGCUAGGGUCGUGCUGUUUGAGGUCGGGGAUGAGGCGCAGGCGGCGAGAGUGCUGCAGCUCGUAGCGCGGAAGAUGGCGUGGCGCGGCGACGAGAUAGAUGCGCGGUGCGAGGUCUGGAGGGACUGGCCGGACUUGCCUCCCACAGACGGUGAGGCGGUGCCACUGCGGGUAGAACAUGGCAAGGAGAGCAGGAACGUCCCGGUUAAGGGGAGUGGAAAAGUUCGAUCUGUUCUCAUUAAACCAGAUGUGCGCCCGCACGUCAAUAUGUCUCGGCAGUCAUUAUAAUACUCUAUCUAUUAUGCUCUAGUAUAUACCCACUCUAUUGGCGAUCCGGAUCUCUACUUUUACCCAAUCCUGUUUCAUAGAAUCUUAUUCACAGCCAAUGCCCCCGUACCUUCACCGUCUAGUUGUAGG